CCGGCCCCGGGACCCGCGCAGAGGCGGGCGAGCCUGGAGCAGGCGGGCUGGCAGCCGACUGGCUCAGAGGCCGAAAGUUUCUCUGCCCUCUGCAUCCCGUGAGCCAGAGCCAAGGAACUGCGCGGGCGCCACGGGAGCCGCCCGGCCGGGCCGCUCUGGAGAAGAGACGGGGACGCACGCCGAAACCUCGGGAAAUAAAUUCUCGGGUCCGUCCGAGACACCGCGGGGGGCAGGUUAAUGGCUUUCCCAGUUUCUGGGAGGCUUUUGCUAUGACCACAUCCUUCAUACUGAGCCAGGACUGCCCCCUGCUGCCACAGCCACACCAAGUACCUGGUCCUUCCCACCUGUCCUUGGUCCCAAGUCACCAUGGGCAGCGUCAGCAGCCUCAUCUCUGGCCACAGCUUCCACAGCAAACACUGCCGUGCCUCACAGUAUAAGCUGCGCAAGUCCUCCCACCUCAAGAAGCUCAAUCGGUAUUCUGACGGGCUGCUGAGAUUCGGCUUCUCCCAGGACUCAGGUCAUGGCAAAUCCAGUUCCAAGAUGGGCAAGAGCGAAGACUUCUUCUACAUCAAGGUCAGCCAGAAGGCCCGGGGCUCCCACCGUCCAGAUUAUACUGCAUUGUCCAGUGGGGACCUAGGGGGGCAAGCAGGGCUGGACUUUGGCCCAUCCACCCCACCCAAACUCAUGCCCUUCUCCAACCAACUAGAAAUGGGCUCAGAGAAGGCUGCCAUGAGGCCCACGGCGUUCAAGCCCGUGCUGCCACGGUCAGGAACCGUCCUGCACUCAUCCCCCGACAGCACCAGCCACCAGCUACACCCCGCGCCUCCAGACAAGCCCAAGGAGCAAGAGCUAAAGCCUGGCCUGUGCUCCGGGGCACUGUCUGACUCGGGCCGGAACUCCAUGUCGAGCCUGCCCACACAGAGCACCACCAGCAGCUACCAGCUCGACCCUCUGGUCACCCCCGUGGGACCCACCAGCCGAUUCGGGGGUUCCGCUCACAACAUCACGCAGGGCAUCAUCCUCCAGGACAGCAACAUGAUGAGCCUGAAGGCUCUGUCUUUCUCCGACGGGGGCAGUAAGCUGGCCCACCCAGGCAAGGUGGACAAAGGUUCCUCUUGCAUCCGCUCACCCAUCUCCACCGACGAGUGCACCAUCCAGGAGCUGGAGCAGAAGCUGCUGGAGCGGGAGAGCGAGCUGCAGAAACUGCAGCGCAGCUUCGAGGAGAAGGAGCCGCCCCCCUACGAGGAGCGGCAGCGUCGCGGCAAGGAUGAGCUGGAGGGCCUGGAGCACAAGUGUGGAGGCAGGUUGAAGCAGGCCUCGCAGAAGAGCCAGCGGGCCCAGCAGGUGCUCCACCUGCAGGUGCUCCAGCUCCAGCAGGAGAAGCGGCAGCUCCGGCAGGAGCUCGAGAACCUCAUGAAGGAGCAGGAUCUCCUGGAGACCAAACUCCGGUCCUAUGAGAAGGAGAAGACCAGCUUUGCCCCCGCACUGGAAGAGACCCAGUGGGAGGUCUGCCAGAAGUCCGGCGAGAUCUCUCUCCUGAAGCAGCAGCUGAAGGAGUCCCAGAUGGAGGUCAACGCCAAGGCCAGCGAGAUCCUCAGCCUCAAGGCGCAGCUGAAGGACACGCGGGGCAAGCUGGAGGGCCACGAGUUAAAGACCCAGGACCUGGAGAGCGCCCUGCGCACCAAGGGGCUCGAGCUGGAGGUCUGCGAGAACGAGCUGCAGCGCAAGAAGAAUGAGUCGGAGCUCCUGCGCGAGAAGGUGAACCUGCUGGAGCAGGAGCUGCUGGAGCUGCGGGCCCAGGUGGCCCUGCAGCGCGAGGGGGUGUGCGUGGCGCCCACCUUCUCGGAGGACAUCCCCGCCCUGCAGCGGGAGCUGGAGCGCCUGCGCGCCGAGCUGCAGGAGGAGCGGCAAGGCCAUGACCAGAUGUCCUCCGGGUUCCAGCACGAGCGGCUGGUGUGGAAGGAGGAGAAGGAGAAGGUGAUCCAGUACCAGAAGCAGCUGCAGCAGAGCUACCUGGCCAUGUACCAGCGGAACCAGCGCCUGGAAAAGACCUUGCAGCAGCUGGCGCACGGGGAGGGCGCGGCGGAGCCUUUUGACAUCGAUCUGGAGGGGGCUGAUAUCCCCUAUGAGGACAUCAUAGCCACGGAGAUCUGAGGGGCGUCCUGGGAGCGAGAGGGC